AUGGAGCCUCUGUUUGGGGUUGUGCUGGGUUUGAUUCUGGCAGUCGCUUCACCAGCCCACGACACCUGUACCUGUGCGACCAACAAGUGGGCAGUGUGUGCCCAGGACGGCCCAGGGAACUGCACCUGCAGGCUGGCAGGUUCAGAUCACCCUGUAGACUGCUCAACCCUGACUUCUAAGUGCUUCCUGAUGAAGGCAGAAAUGAUCCCCCUGAAGGAGAAGCGCCUCUGGAGACCUCCCCACGGGGUGUCAGACAGCGACGGCAUUUACAACCCUGACUGUGAGGACAGCGGUGACUUUAAAGCCAGGCAGUGCAAUCAGUCCAGCACCUGCUGGUGCGUGAACACCGCGGGCGUGCGGAGGACGGAGAAGGGAGGCAGGAGCCUGAGCUGCAGCGAGCUGGUGCGGACAAGGUGGAUCUACAUUGAGCUGACACACAAGAGGAGCUCCAGGGCCUUCGGCGUUCCCGACGUGGCAAAGGCCCUGACCCAGCUGUUUGAGAGCAGGUACAAGCUGCACCCCAAGUACAUCGCAGCCAUCAAGUACGACCCCCCCCUUAUCCAAAUCCGCCUGGACCAGAACAAGAAACCCAGGUGGGAUGUAGAUAUAGCUGACGUGGCCUAUUACUUCGAAAAAGACGUGUACAACGACUCCGUGUUUCCUUCCAACAGUAAAUUAACUGUGUCAGUCAAUGGAGAUGCUCUGGCUAUUGAAAAGCUCUGGAUUUACUAUGUGGAUGAAAAGCCCCCAGAGUUCUGCAUGAGGCAGCUGGCAGCUGGCGUUAGUGCUGUGGUCACCGUGGUGGUCCUCACUGCUGGCAUUGGCAUCGCCGCGCUGCUCCUCCUCAGGUGGCUGCGCACAAGGACAUACAAAAAAUUUGAGUGCAAAGAAAUGAGGGAAAUUAAAGCCCCAAGCUUAGAACUGCCCUGAGCUGAAAGAAGAACGGCAACUACAGGAAGAAAAGGAAAAAAACAAGGUGUAAAAUACAAAGAACAGACUCUGUAUAUGUGAUGGAUUUGUAGUUUUUUCCUUCCUACAGGAAUUUGUACAGUGAAUGUUCUAAAUUAUUCUUGUUUAGUAAGAAUAAAUUUUUGGCAUAUAAAUGAAUUUGGGAGUCAGUUACCUAAAUAUUUUAAAUGACUCUGCUUUGGAGGGUAAGAAAACUGUUACAGCUGUCUAUUUAACAUAACACAGAAGGCUUUCACUCCUGCUGCAGGCCUGGCUCAGAUUGCUUAAAUACUUAAAUACUCUGUGGGGUUCUUGGUGUAUCUAUUUACUGAAAUUAAAACACUUGCCUCAGCAUAUUUGGGCUAUAUUGCUGCUUUUCUCAUGGUAGACUGUUUUAAAAUGCAGUGUGUUUUUAGUUCA